AUGAGGAACAAGUGUGGUUACAUGCUCAAUGAUCACUCCACCACGGGUGCUGAAGAAGAGCUUCGGACGUCAAUGAAGGUGGAAUCCGCCACUGGGCUGCCGCGAGAGUUCGUCGCCGCCGUGAUUCUGAUUUCUUCCGCUGUCUACGUCGCCUAUGCUAAUUGGUCGCCCGUAUUUUGCACUGUCGUCGGUCUCAUCUAUCCGCUGUACCGAAGUGUGGCGGCGAUUGAAACUUCCGCAGGGGACGCCGAAAGGACUUGGCUCACGUACUGGAUAGUCCAUGCCUUGUUCAGCGUUGUUGAAACCACGGCCAACCCAGUGCUGGACCAAGUACCUGGGUAUUGGUUCCUAAAGUGCGCCUUUCUCAUGUGUCUCUUUGCGCCCGUGACGAGGAAUGGUUCCUUUUUUAUUUAUCAUCGAUGUGUGUCUCCUGUGUACCGUUGGCUGUCGUCGUGGUUGGAAUGAACUCGCAGGUUCCAGACAAA